CUGUUCAGAGGAACAUGGCGACAGGCUAUAGAUCUUUGCAGACUACUGGACACAUUCUGAACAGGUGUCCUGUAUACUUGCACCAAGCCUCCAGGAGGUUUUCAGAAAGCAGCGACAAGGGUUGGUUCCGCUCCUUAUUUGUGCACAAGGUGGAUGCGAGGAAAGAUGCUCACUCCAACCUGCUGUCAAAGAAAGAGACCAGCAACCUGUAUAAAAUCCAGUUUCAUGACGUGAAACCUGAGUGCCUGGACGCAUACAACAACCUGGAGGCUGAAGUGCAAAACAGACUCCAUCAGGAUCAGGAGUUCCCAUGUGAGGUUGUCGGAAGCUGGAAUACCUGGUAUGGAGAGCAAGAUCAAGCUGUGCAUCUGUGGCGAUAUAGAGGAGGCUAUCCAGCUCUGACUGAAUGCCUGCAGAAAUUACGAGCCAACAAGGAGUACUUGGGCUUUCGGAAAGAGAGGGCGAAAAUGUUGAUUUCAAGGCGAAAUCAGCUUCUUCUGGAGUUUAGCUUUUGGAAUGAACCUUCACCAAGAAAAGGACCAAACCUCUAUGAACUGCGCACCUACAAACUUAAGCCAGGAACCAUGAUUGAAUGGGGCAACCGCUGGGCAAGGGCAAUCAAACACAGACAGGAAAACAACGAGGCAGUGGGUGGGUUCUUCUCCCAAAUUGGUGACCUGUAUGUUGUUCAUCACUUGUGGGCCUAUGAAAGCCUUCAGUCACGAGACGAGACAAGAAACUCUGCCUGGCAGAAAGAGGGCUGGGAUACAAACGUGUAUUAUACAGUGCCUUUGGUGAGGAGCAUGGAGUCUAGAUUGAUGAUUCCAACCAAGAGUUCACCUUUACAGUGAAACCACAAGCAAGUCAUCAACUAAAACUCAUCAACAAUGUCAUCCACCCUGAGGGCUGAGUCGCCUGUGUUUGUUAAAUCUGCUAAAUGAUCUGUGUUAUAUCAGUGUCUUACUUUCUAUUUGCACUCCAGUCAGUCCAAAAGUAGAGAGAGUGCAUUUUGGGUAUUUUAAAAUACCCAUAUUUUCACACAACUAGUCAAAUAUUUGUGGGAAAACAUGCUUUAAAAUGCCUGAUGCUUUAAAGAAAUACUUGGAUUUUGACUGAGAAGACUUCAACACAAUAUGUGUGCUUUUUAGGGAAUAUUUUGAAGUUGUUUCUCUGUUUUUUCCAAAGUCAAAGAUAAGUUUCCUGGCGUAUUUUAUAGUAUAAAAUGCUGGUUCAUAAAAGAAAAGUAUAUAUCAAUGUUUGUACUCAUUAACAAUGUAUCUGGCUGUUUGGAUCAUUGAGAUAUGCGGAGGUUUCUGCAAACUCUACUAUGAGUAAACUAGUAGUUUCUAUGAUGAAGAUGUAAUUAUUUUCACAAUAAAUGUUGAUACUGAUACACUGA